UGUGUGUACGAACGCGCGCGCGCGCGCGCGUAGAAGACGCAGCUAGGACGGCCAUCUGUCUCCUCUCAGCCGAGGGGGGGGAGGGGGGGGGGGCGCGGUAGAUUCCGGGCUGCCACAUGGCAGACCCUCUUUAGGUGCCGCUGUGCGUACAGGAGCCCGGGUUGGGGAGAUAGGGGAGGAGGAGGAGGAAGGGGGAGGCUUAGGCCGGUAGGCAACUAUAUAGGUCCGUAGCACUAAUGCGCGAUGCGUGUUCCGGUCAGAUAGGUUGGCCAGUCCCAUCCUUCGCCCGUCCUACGGCCUCUCUGCGCCCUGUGUUCGCGUUCCGGCGUUCGUCGCUUGGCCUGCUCGCUCGCUCUGGCUCUGGCUCUCUCGCCCUCACGUCCGCCCACACAGCCCACUCCCCUCUCGCGCGCUCUCCCUCCCCCUCCUUUCCUAGACAGAUUCCCGCCGAGAGCUCGAUAUCGACAUGGCGGCGGGUUGCUACCACACGAAAAAAAAAAGAAUCCCCCCCCCCCCCAAAAAAAGUCGGUCUUCCACCACCGUCGUCGGGACCGUACAGCCUACCUAUAUAUUUCUGCAAUCCUACCUUUCCAUCCAGUCUAUCGGACCUACGCGGCCUCCUACCGGCCUACCUGACUUGCCUGCCUGCCUGUCUGCCCGGUUCGUCCCGUAUCGAUAUAUCGAUCUGACCCCUUCGUCCAGCUGGCGCGGCAAGACGUGCAUGCUGCUGCUACGACCCAGUCCUCACCGCAACGGACGACGAUAGAUAGAUAGAUAGAUGGGCACACCCGGGCGGCGGGCCACCUGGACAGAGCGG